AUGAAGUGUGUUAUACCAGGAGCAAACGUAAAAAUUUUAGCAAGGGCUAUACAUGCAUUAUCAAGAAUUGGAGAUGAAAUGUACAUAGAACCACAGAAAGAUGUCUUGUCAUUUCGUACUGUUAAUAUAGCAAAUUCAGCAUAUGCAGAUUUUACAUUUUUUCAAAGUUACUUUUCAUAUUAUAUCUAUGGUGAUCUACAGGAAAAUGAUGCACUGAAAUGUAAAAUUUCAAUGAGGAGUGCGGUAACUGUAUUUAAAGCUCCAAAUUUAAUAGACAAACAGGUAGAAACAUGUCACAUUAGAUUAGAAUCAGAUGCAUCUGAAAUUUUAUUUAUUUUAAAGUAUAAAAAUAGUAUUACUAAAACACAUUUAUUACCUAUAUUAGAUUGUGAAAUAUUACAGACAACAUAUAAUAAAGAUAGUGCAUCAGUUAAGCUUACAUCACAACCACGAGUGUUAGGAGAUGCAUUGCAUAAUUUUCAUCAACAAUUAAUUGAAAUAACUCUUGAAGUUGCAGCACAAAAACUUUUAUUAAGAAAUUAUGUUGAUGAUGCCUCAGGUUUAUCAAAUACAACACGUACACAACUUGCAUUUGGAAAAGGAGAAUUUGAUCGAUAUGAUAUUGGUAGUGAAACAUCAAUUACAUUUUGUAUGAAGGAAUUUAAAUCUAUUUUAAAUUUUGCAGAAAUUAUAAAUAUACCAGUUAGCAUAUACUUUGAAGGAGCAGGAAGACCUGUUAUAUUUGCAAUAAAAAGUCAAUCUUUUGAAGUAAAUUUAGUAUUAUCUACAUUAAGCUCUGAUGCAGAUAGUCAAACAGAUACAACAUUAAGUAACAAAAAAGAAGAAAAAGUUACGAAAAAGAAAUCAGUAAACAAACGAGUUUCUAAGAAAAACAAUAAUAAAUCUAUGAGUAGAAUUAAAAAUAAGUCACCUAAAUCUAAUAAUUCAUUAGAGAAUGUCAUUCUUAAAAAAACACAGUCAUGUGUUUUGAAAGAACAAAAACAAGAGAAUGAUUUUAAAGAACAAGCUAAUUUAUCAAUAAAUGUAGUUAGUACAUCAGAAGAAGAUAAUCAAAAUUUAAAUAAAGUAAGUAAUUUUCCAACACAAAGAAAUCAUGAAGAAGAAUCUCAAAAAGAUUCCUUACAUAGUGGUGAUAUAAUUACAAAAUUUAAUAAAACAUCUAUAAGUGGAAAGAAAUUAAUAAACUGUGUCUUUUCUAACAUAACAAAAAGAAAAUCUAGUAGCAAUAAAACUGAUAGAGAAAAGAGUUUGAAUAAUGAUAAAUCUGAUUUAUUAGAAGAUGAAAUAGUAAAUUCGUCACCUCCACCAAUUAAAAAGGCUCGUUUGAUUUUUCAAAAAUGUUUUCAAACAACAUUUGAUCCAAAUACAUUGCCUGGAUAUGAUAAAAUUUUAGCUGAAGACUCAGAUGAAGCUUGUAGCGAAUAA